UCUCAAGUUCCGUCACAUUUCCUCUGCUUUUCUCAACCAACUCCUCCCCAACCUUGCUUAAAUACUCAGUAAACAAGAGAAAAUGAGACCAAUUAGCACUUCCCAGGUUGCAGUUCCAUCUCCGGUAAUGGCACCACCACAGAGAUCUCCAUGGCACUCUCCGGUACCGUACCUGUUCGGAGGCCUAGCAGCUAUGCUUGGUCUCAUUGCUUUUGCACUCUUGAUCUUAGCUUGCUCUUACUGGAGGCUUUCCGGCCGGUUCGACAACGGCGAAAGAGAAGAUAGAGAUCUCGAGAGUGGUGAGAAAGAGGGUACCGAAGAUGCUGCCAAGCAACCCACGGUCUACGAGGAGAAGAUUCUGGUGAUAAUGGCCGGUCAGGAGAAACCCACCUAUUUAGCAACUCCCAUCACCUGUAAAGCUUCUUCUUUUAAUAAUAAAAUUGGCGAGACGGAGAAGAAUGAAGGAUCAGAGAAAGUCGAGAAGGUGAAACCAGAAGUGGGUGAUCAAGAGCAAGAACAAACUCAAAGACCAAUUGAAGAAACGGAGAAUCAACAACAAACCCAAGAACAAAACUAAAAAUAAGUGUAAUUCACUCUUUUUUUUCUUUUUUUUGGCCUUUUUUUUCUCUCUUUGAAGAUUGGAAGAGAAAAUGUCCUCUUUUUAAUUUGAGCAUUUUCCCAUGUUCUUCUCCAAUUUUGGUUGAAUGUGUUCUAAAUCUAGAGUAGUCAUCUUUUCUCUGCUAUGCCGAGAAAAUGAAAUGUAGAAAAUCUUUCUGAGAUCAACGAUAUGAGAAUUACAGCCAAUUUCCACUCCU